CCUUCAUGAUAAACAAUUAGCUAGAAGAUACUUUAAGUCCUCUCCAGUCUCUAUCCUCUGCAUGCUCUCAGGAAUCACUCUCUCACUCCUAUAUAAAUCCAUCAUUUGCAACAUUCAAAAACAAGACCACAAAGCUGGUUUUGGAAGCAAAUUAAAGGAAGCAGAAGAAGCCGGAAAAUCAAAAGGGUUUGUGUUGCAAAUAAUGGGUGGGGAUCAGAACGCUGUUUCCAUGGUUAGAAAGAAGAAGAAGGAGAAGAGUGCAAAUGUAAAGAUAAGGGAAAAAUUCAGGGACUAGUUCAUAAAAACAAAAUUCUGAAACCCUAGUCUUCACGCACAGACGCACGGCUUCACCUCUGUUCUGUUCACCCAUUGCUCCCUCCACCAAACCACCAAGCAGAAGCAGUUCACGUGUGGUGGAUUUGCGGUUCUAAAGUUUGCUCAGGCUUCACAAAAAUCAAAAGGGUUUCUGUUGCAAAUAAUGGGUGGGGAUCAGAAUGCUGUUUCCAUGGUUAGAAAGAAGAAGAAGGCGAAGAGUGGCUCUGUCAUGUGCAUUUUCAUGCAUGCCGAUGGCCUAGACUGGUUUCUCAUGCUUUUGGGUUUGUUUGGGGCCAUUGGAGAUGGUAUAGGCACCCCUCUUGUGUUGUUUAUCAGUAGCAAAAUCAUGAAUAGUAUUGGCGAUUCUUCCACCAGCACAAACAACACUUUCGUCCAUAACAUCAAUGAGAAUGCAGUGAAUUUGUGUUAUUUGGCUUGUGGUUCUUUUGUUGCUUGCUUCCUUGAGGGUUAUUGUUGGACAAGAACAGGUGAAAGACAAGCUGCAAGAAUGAGAGCCAGAUAUUUGAAAGCAAUUCUCAGACAAGAAGUAGCAUACUUUGAUUUGCAUGUCACAAGCACAUCAGAGGUCAUCACCAGCGUCUCUAAUGACAGCCUUGUAAUUCAAGAUGCUCUUAGUGAAAAGGUCCCAAAUUUUUUGAUGAAUGCGUCUAUGUUUAUUGGGAGCUACAUAGCAGCUUUUGCAUUACUAUGGAGAUUGGCAAUUGUGGGGUUCCCUUUUACUGUUCUUCUUGUGAUCCCUGGUUUGAUGUAUGGGAGGACCUUGAUGAGUUUGUCUAGAAAGAUUAGUAUAGAGUAUAACCAUGCCGGUACAAUAGCAGAACAAGCAAUAUCUUCCAUCAGAACCGUUUAUUCCUUUGCAGGGGAAAGCAAGACCAUUAAUGCUUUCUCUGAAGCUCUACAAGGCUCUGUGAAAUUGGGGCUGAAACAAGGCCUAGCUAAAGGCUUAGCCAUAGGAAGCAAUGGCCUUGUCUUUGCUAUUUGGUCCUUCAUGUCCUAUUAUGGUAGCAGAAUGGUCAUGUACCAUGGCGCUAAUGGAGGGACUGUGUAUGUAGUUGGAGCCUCCAUAGCACGUGGUGGAUUGUCUUUAGGUUCUGGUUUAUCCAAUGUGAAGUACUUCUCAGAAGCGAAAACCGCUGCAGAGCGCAUAAUGGAAGUAAUAAACAGGGUUCCCAAGAUUGACUCUGACAACAUGGCUGGGGAGAUUCUGGAAAAUGUUUCAGGGGAAGUGGAAUUUGAUCAUGUUGAGUUUGUGUACCCUUCAAGGCCAGAGAGUGUGAUUCUCAAUGGCAUGUGUUUGAAGGUUCCAGCAGGGAAGACAGUGGCCUUGGUGGGAGGGAGUGGUUCAGGGAAAUCAACAGUGAUAUCACUUUUGCAGAGGUUUUAUGAUCCUGUUGGGGGAGAGAUAAGGCUUGAUGGGGUGGCAAUUCACAAGUUGCAGUUGAAGUGGUUAAGGUCUCAGAUGGGUCUUGUGAGCCAAGAGCCUGCUCUGUUUGCAACUAGCAUUAAGGAAAAUAUACUGUUUGGGAGAGAGGAUGCAACAGAGGAAGAGGUUGUUGAAGCUGCCAAAGCCUCCAAUGCUCAUAAUUUCAUUUCACAGUUGCCACUUGGAUAUGAUACUCAGGUUGGGGAGAGAGGAGUCCAAAUGUCUGGUGGACAAAAGCAAAGAAUAGCCAUCGCACGUGCAAUAAUAAAGAGACCAAGAAUCCUCUUGCUUGAUGAAGCAACAAGCGCACUGGACUUCGAGUCUGAACGAGCUGUGCAAGAAGCUCUUGACAAGGCUGUAGUCGGCCGCACCACCAUCAUCAUCGCCCACCGCCUCUCCACCAUCCGAAACGCCGACCUCAUUGUCGUCGUCCAAAACGGAAAAGUCAUGGAAACCGGCUCCCACGACACCCUCAUCCAAAACGACACCGGCCUCUACACCUCCCUCAUCCGCCUCCAACAAACAGAAAAUACCACAACAAACCAAAAUGACUUCCUCCUAAGUCGAGACAACAUCAUUCACAACACGAGCAGUCGUCGACUCUCCCUCGUGAGUCGUUCUAGCUCUUUCACUUCAUCAAUGCCAUGUGCUGAAGAUGAUCAUGUUGUUGUUGACGACGAGGUUGUUAAUGUUGUGGACAAGAAAGCGCUGCCUAUUCCUUCGUUUCGAAGGCUGCUUGCGAUGAACGUGCCGGAGUGGAAGCAAGCGUGUUUGGGGUGUUUAAAUGCGGUGUUGUUCGGCGCGGUGCAGCCUGUGUAUGCGUUUGCGUUGGGGUCGGUGAUAUCAGUUUAUUUUCUGGAGGACCAUGAUGAGAUGAAGAGGAAGAUUAGGAUUUAUGCGUUUUGCUUUUUGGGGCUGGCUGUGUUCUCCUUGAUUGUGAAUGUGCUCCAGCAUUAUAGCUUUGCUUACAUGGGAGAGUACUUGACUAAGAGGAUCAGAGAAAGAAUGCUCUCCAAGAUUCUGACCUUUGAGGUUGGGUGGUUUGAUGAGGAUGAGAAUUCAACCGGUGCUAUUUGCUCUAGACUUGCCAAAGAAGCUAAUGUGGUAAGGUCUUUGGUGGGAGACAGAAUGGCUCUAGUGGUACAAACAAUCUCAGCAGUGAUAAUAGCAUUCACCAUGGGCCUGGUAAUUGCAUGGAGGCUCGCCAUCGUCAUGAUCGUGGUUCAGCCCAUCAUCAUAGCCUGCUUCUACACAAGACGCGUCCUUCUCAAAAGCAUGUCCAGCAAGGCCAUCAAGGCCGAAGGAGAAAGUAGCAAGAUUGCCGCGGAAGCCGUUUCCAACCUCCGAACCAUCACUGCUUUCUCCUCCCAAGACAGGAUCCUCAAAAUGCUCGAAAAAGCCCAAGAAGGCCCGAGGCGCGAGAGCAUCAGGCAGUCAUGGUUUGCAGGCUUUGGGCUUGCAUUCUCCGAAAGCCUGACCUUUUUCACUUGGGCUUUGGAUUUUUGGUAUGGUAGCAAGCUCAUUUCCCAAGGGUAUAUAAAAGCAAAAGCACUUUUUGAGACUUUUAUGAUCUUGUUGAGCACAGGAAGGAUGAUUGCUGAUGCUGGUAGCAUGACCAAUGACCUUGCCAAAGGUUCAGAUGCUGUGGGUUCUGUUUUUGCAAUCCUUGACAGGUGCACCAAGAUUGAGCCUGAUGAGAAAGAUGGGUACGAGCCUGAGAAAAUAACAGGGAAGAUUGAACUUCAUGAUGUACAUUUUGCAUACCCAGCAAGACCUGAUGUGAUGAUCUUCCAAGGCUUCUCAAUCAAAAUUAGUCCAGGGAAGUCAACUGCAUUGGUAGGGCAAAGUGGGUCUGGGAAAUCAACAAUCAUAGGGUUGAUAGAGAGAUUCUAUGAUCCUUUCAAAGGGAGAGUGACCAUAGAUGAUAAAGACAUUAAAUCAUACAAUUUAAGGGCAUUAAGGAUGCACAUUGCACUUGUGAGCCAAGAGCCAACACUGUUUGGUGGGACUAUUAGAGAGAACAUUGCAUAUGGAUCAUCAGCAUCUGAUAAGGUUGGUGAGAGUGAGAUCAUAGAGGCAGCUAAAGAAGCCAAUGCUCAUGAUUUCAUAGCAAGUUUGAAAGAGGGUUAUGACACAUUGUGUGGGGAUAGAGGAGUUCAACUUUCUGGGGGUCAGAAGCAGAGGGUUGCAAUAGCUAGAGCUAUAUUGAAGAACCCUGAGGUGUUGCUUUUGGAUGAAGCAACUAGUGCUCUUGAUAGCCAGUCAGAGAAACUGGUGCAGGAUGCUUUGGAGAGAGUCAUGGUGGGGAGGACUAGUGUGGUGGUGGCUCACAGGUUGAGCACCAUUCAGAACUGUGAUCUGAUUGCUGUGUUGGAUAAGGGGAGGGUGGUGGAGAAAGGGUCCCAUUCAAACUUGUUGGCAAAGGGACCAAGUGGUGCUUAUUACUCUUUGGUGAGUCUGCAGAGAAGACCAAGCAAUUACACUGUUGCUGCUGACUCUGCAGGUGAAAUCAACUAACCAAACAAAACCAAGUUGCCAUAUCUGUUUGAGAUUACUAUAAGGCCUCUUUUUGAAAUUUGAGGAGAUAGCAACAAAGAAGAAUGAUGGGGAUGCUGUGAUGAUAUGUGAAAAAGCAGAAUUUUCCAUAGCAUAAUUAUCUAAGUUGGGGGUGUCCCCAAAAUAGCAUAAUUAAUUCCCAUAUUAUAUGCUUAUACUGUAUAAUAAUUGAAUCUUCCUUGACUAAGUCAUCAUUUUUUUUAAAAGUUAAAAUCUUGGCUCUGCCCUUGAAACUAAGGGAAGCUGGGGUGAUGACACUUUCAGGUUAUGUUCUAUUUCUUUCUUUCUUUUUUAAAUUUGAGUUAAUGGCUAACACCAUUAAUGCUUCAAUGUACAUUAUAAUAAUCACGUAUUGGUGGAUGUAUACCAACAUGAAGUAGAAUGCUUCUUAACAA